AUGUAUAAAAAAAUUACCCUAAUUCUUUGGUUAUUGGCGACCGUAAUUCCUUUUGUAACCCUCGCUCAGAAAACUUGCGAAGAAACCUUUAAUGCAACCGAGUGUAGCGUUUGCCAAAAAACGGUACAUGAUGAUGGCAUCUUAUCUUUUUACACUGGUGUCACCCCUUCAUCUCAAUGUCCAUCAAGAAUUCAUUUAAGCAACGUUAUCCUUGAAGAGUACAGAAAAGCUGGUUAUGAAUUGUCCGCGUUUAACAUUUCCUACGAUCUCAAACCUUUUAAGACAGCAGAGGAUAAGUAUUGCGCACUAGA